CAUGGUGUAUUUUUCCACCUGUUAUUAAACUACAUCCAUCAAGCAUUACUACUCUUAUCAUCUGAGCCCGAACAGCAGCCGCUUUAAAGGGCUUUCAGCUGAAUGAUGCAUGUCUGCUGCGAUAUAGGUCAUACUUCACUAAUAUCAGAGCAUGAAAACACAAGAUCCUCAGUUCCUGGCGUGUUUGCUUGCAGUUGUCUGUUGCUCGUGUUAUCAGUGUGUGACAGAUGUGUGUUCUUCUGGGCGUUGUUGUAUGAAAUGCUGAUACUCGUUUAUUCAGCAGAAACAUUGUAACACUGCACACAUCGUCCUUCAGUGGUUUUAGAGGCCUGCAGACAUGAAGGUGCUACUUCUGAAAGAGCCUCGAGAGAGUGAGAGUGAAGCAGACCCUUAUCUCCAGAUUUCCCCUCGUGUACACACACAUCCUCUUAUUACUCCUCUUCCCUCCAUAAUAGUGUCUCUGGAUGAGCUUUCGGAGCGGCUGUUUGAGCCCGAGAGGUUUGGAGGUCUGAUCUUCAGCAGCCCCAGAGCCGUGGAGGCCGUGAAGAGCUGUCUAGACUCUCAGAAACACAGACACAAAUGGGACGCAGUGAAAGACAAAUGGAAUGAAAAGUCAGUUUAUGUGGUUGGAAAAGCGACAGCAUCUUUAGUGGUGAAGAAACCGUAAAGUCCUCUGGGUGAAGAAACUGGAACCGCAGACGCUCUACCCCUUUUGUUAAACGCAGGAGAAAAUCAAGAGAUGAAGCCGCUUUUCUUUCCCUGCGGCUCCAUCAAACGUGAAAUUCUGCCCACCGCGCUCCGAAACAACCAUGUUCCUCUGGAGACUCUGACCGUCUAUCAGACGUCUGAACAUCCUGAUCUGCAGAAGAACAUCACCGAAUACUUCACUCAGCAGGGCGUCCCAGCGAGCGUGGUGUUCUUCAGUCCGUCCGGAGUGAGGUUCUGUUUGGAUUUGGUGAAGAGACUCUCAGGAUCUCAGCUGGAGAAGAUAAAGUUUGCGUCGAUUGGACCGACUACAGCAGACGCGCUGCGGUCACACGGACUGACGGUCAGCUGCUGCGCUGAGAAACCCACAGCAAAACACCUCGCCGCCGCCAUCACUCACGCCCUGCACACCUGACCUCUGACCCCUGACCACCAGGGUCCUGCUUUUGCAGUAGAUAUUAGAUAUUAGAAGUGAUUGCAUUUAUAUCUCUCUUAUAUGUAUCUGUUUUGCAGCGGUGUAUUUUGAUGCAUCAGAAUCAUCCGUUCUGCUCCUGAAGCUUUUAUUCUGUGACUGACUCUCUGUGUCUGUGUUUCAUGUUGAAUGUCUGAGAUUAUUAUUUGCAUUAUUUGGAUGGAAGAUGAAAUAUAAAAUGAAAAAAAAAAAAACU